UAAGCUUUUACACGGGGAGCAAAGCGAAGCGUCGCGUCGUCUCGUCGAAUGUGCGUGUAAAAGUAAUCAACAAUAAAUGUCAUGACAUAGCGAAAUGAGAAAAGUGUGUCAAACAGUUGUUGGUUGGUUGGCAAGGAAGCAAGCGCUCCAGCAGUGAUAAAUGCAAAUUCAAUUUUGCACAACACACAAAAAUUACGACACGGCAAAUUGAUUUUAUAUAGUGCCCGAGAACUUGUCGUGCGUAUUUUCAGUGCAUAUCUUGUCUCUCAUGUGCGUGUGUGUAAUGGCCACAACAACAAUAAUAGCAAAUUAAAACUGCCGUGUUGCCGCUUAUUGUUGUUUUUAAGUUGCAAAUAUGUUGACACUAUAUUACGUGAGCGCCACUUUGGUGCAGUCCUGGCGAAUCCAAAGAGCAUGCAACAAAAUUGCAGAGCAGUUGGCGCAAUCAUCGAGCAUUGCGUUCUACACGCUUCAAACUGGCAACGACGAUGGCUUCGAUCCAACAUUUGCCAGCUCGGAACUAUGCGGUAAUCGUAAUGCGGCCAAGGUCACGGAUAUAUUGUGGUUGCAUGGCAACCAACGCGGUUGCUGUCUGCGUCCCUUGCAAGCGGUGCAAAUUACGCCAUGGAUUAGCUUCCCCAACGCGCCCAGUCUGCUGCCCUUUGCCCACGCCUCGGACACCGCAACGCCAACUACCACGCCUACAGAGGCUCAACAGCAGCAACAGCCGUUGCCCCGCAUCACACUAUCGCCCGAUAAGUCGCAGCAUUUGCAUCUCCUCGUUGAAUCGCAGAUCGAAGUGCAGCGGGAUGCCGGCAAUCCACAAACUACAAACACCAAAGCGGUUCGGCUGGAAGAUUACGGUAAGCUAAUAGCAUGGAAAAUUGACUCCCACCUGGCGGUGCUCAUCGAAACGGAUGUUGAGCAUUUCACCAAACUAUUGAUAAUGACAUUUUUACAAAACAAUUUAUGCAUAAAUGAUAACUUGCCACUGAUGCGGAUUGAGUCUGUUCAGCGUGAAGGACAACCGCAACCAAUUGAACUGCUGACCAAUCAUGUGAAGCGUCAAUCGAGAACAUCGAUUGACAUGAAUGCCGAAAGCUGGCAGAAGCAUUUGAAAGAUCUGCGUGCGCUUAGUGUGCUGGCUCAUCAGGCCACCGAGUUUGAGCUGCAAAAGAAUCGCACCGAAGGCAAGACGGGUCUGCCCAAGCAGGAGUUGACGCCACAACGUCAGGUUGAACCGCCACUUGUGAGUGGAACAACGCCAGUCAAAGCGGUGGCUGUGGUGGAGCCAACCACAAAGGCGACAUCACCAGCCAAGGCGUUGACUACGCCGAUGAAGCAGCCUUCACCUGUCCAGAGUCCGUUGAAUAAGCCUAGUGAACUGGAGAAGAUUGCAGCCAGCAAGGUGACGCAACGCCAGCAACCCAUCGAUGUGCAGGAUAGCCCAAAGGCAGCAGUUAAAAUUACAUCAUCCACGCCACCAUCAAAGACAUCGACACCGAGCAAAAGUUUUGUGGCCGUCAAACCCAAUUCACCACCAACUACUCCGACAAGUGGAGUUGCUGCCACUGCCUCCCGAUCACGUCCUGUGUUGCGUCGGAAUAAGGAUAGUCUAGGCGAAAGCAAGCCACUCAAUGUGCUCGUCUAUUCGGACAGUGCCAGUGCUCGAGAAUCGGCGAUUGCGACACUGCGUCAGCUGCUAGAGCGCGAUGUGUACACGAUUUAUGCAUUGACGCCACAGCAGGCGGCGCAGAAAUAUUGGAUUGAGCAGACAGCUUUACUCGUUGUCUGCGGCUCAGUAGCUCCUGGCAUUGGUCAGGUUUUGGUCGAUUACUUUCUGCAAGGCGGUCGCGUGUUGAGUCUCUGCUCGGACAUCUUGCACUUCAUCUUGCCCAACUAUCGUACAGCAGAGGUACGAGAACACGAGUUAGUUCAGUUUUCCUACGACAAGUGGCAGCGUGUCAAGAUGAUGCAUCACAUCUUUUGCUAUCAACCCUCUCCGGUCAAGAAGAACUUCUCCACCGACAGCGAGGAGUCAGCGGGUCCAAGUCAUUCGCGUAAACCAGCUCUAGUAUGUCCAAGGUCCAUGGAACUAAAGGAUCUCAGCGGCCAGACGCACAAGCUGGAUGUCAAAGUGCUGGGCACUGAAGAGACCUGGAAUACGCCCAGCCUGAUGCUGGCCAACAGUCUGCAUAGCGGCGGCAAAGCUGUCUUCUCCCAGGUUCAUCUGGAGACGAAUCCCAGUGAGUUUGAGUUUGAUGAAGUAAAAUUCGCCAUCCUCAAGCAGAACGAGAGCACACGUCUCGAGAUCUUUACGGAUCUAUUGCGCAAGUAUUUGGGCGUCCAGGUUCGAGGUGCUGAAUCCGCAGAUCCCACUGCUGCUGGAGUCAUCUUUAAACAGGCUUAUUUUUUGGGACGUCAUGAGUCAAAAUUUGAGCUAUUGGAGAAGCUGCGUCCACGUUGCAGCGGCACUGAAAACGUUAUCGUCACGCCCAAGCUGACCAUGAAGUUUUGUGGCAAGGAUGAUACGGCGCCAGCGGCAAAUACCAACGUCUUGCCUAUACUGAUACAUUCCUGUCCAGAUGAUUUCUCCACAGUGGACUAUUUUGAUAACUUGAAAACUGAGCAUAUUGGACGCCUGGUCAUCUAUGCGCCCGUUGUCAGCAGCUCGAUGUAUGUGAUCAACGAUCUGGAGUUGGUGCAUGGCAUCGCUGUGCUGCCACUGCAGCAGACUGCAGGCGUGGGUCGCAGCAACAAUCAGUGGCUUAGUCCUUUGGGUUGUGCCAUGUUCUCCACACAACUGCACAUUGCUACAGAUUCGCCAUUGGGGAGCCGCCUGCCUUUGAUACAACACAUUAUUGGAGCCGCUAUUGUGAACACUCUACGAAGCCAUCCACAAUAUAAGGUGCUGGAUAUUGCCUUAAAAUGGCCAAAUGAUAUUAUUGCAAAUGGCAAUAACAAGAUUGGCGGACUUGUCGUCAAUACCACUUUAUUGGGUUCGCUAGCAAUAGUGAACAUUGGCUGUGGCAUUAAUCUAAACAAUUCAAAGCCAACGGUUUGCAUAAACGAUAUGAUAAGGGACUAUAAUGUGCGAAUGCCUGAAGUGAAAUUACCAUUGCUUAAGUACGAACAGUUUAUUGCCUUGGUCUUCAAUGAAAUUGAAAGACUUUUGGCUGAUGUACAAAACGGCAAUUUCAAAUCGUUUUACGAACUGUACUAUGAACUUUGGCUGCAUAGCGAACAGAGCAUUAAAAUAUGCCUUCAAAAUGAUCAAGAAAAAGAAGCCACCGUUGUUGGAAUUGACGAUUAUGGGUUCUUAAAAGUGAGACUAGCAAAUGGAGCGAUCGAGACCGUUCAACCUGACGGAAAUAGUUUUGAUAUGAUGCAAGGAUUAAUAGUACCUAAAUUUACUUAGAUAAAUUUAAAGAAAUCAAUUCAUAUAUUACGAAUUAAUUUAUUCUCCUCUAUUUUUAUGUAAAACAAACAUAAUCGAAUUAAUAACAGUUUGUAUUUUUAGGCGCAUUUAGAUACACUUAUUAUCAAUUAUCUAAAUAUACAUGUAAAACGUAACCUAUUUACAAAAAUAUUUCACUUUAAGUGAAUGUUGAGCGAAAAUUCAGAAUUUAAAAUUUAAAUUUAUUUCGAUCAUUUAACACACUGCCAAUAUUAAGUGUUUUUCUAAAUGUUUAACUACUAUAUGUGAAAUGUAUUUCGGAAUAACAUAAUCCUAUCCAUUGUUUACAAAGUUUAUUACACAUAUUUGGAGUAUAAAAAACUUAAAAGCGUUCCCCAAAUUAACAACCAAGUAACCAAAUAGCUUCCCUUAUAAUUAUAUGUGUUUACAAAAACGAAAAAUUUAAUAAAAAUCAUACAAGCUA